GCGGCCGCCGCGGCGAAGCUGGCGCUGGGGCCGGGCGGGGAGGCGGCCGGCGGCCCGUGUGCUAUGACAAAGUAUCAUGUCGUUGAUGUGCAGUGUUGCCAGAAGGUCAAGAGGGAUUAUCCUUCCCCUCUACUCAGCCCCAAUGAGGCCACAUCUGGAGUUUUGGGUUGAGUUCUGAGCUCUCCGCUGCAAAAAAAGAGAUGGAGCUACUGGAGAGUCCAGCAAAGGCUCAUGAAGCUGCCAGUGUUGCUUCGCUUCAGCUGCGUUGGCCUGGUGUUUGUGUGCAAUGCAGUGAUGUGGACAGUCUUCACAAAAGCCUUACGACUCUCCUCCUCCUCAGCUGCUGCCUCUGUGACAACCACAGCCUCCAACUUCAUCUUUUCGAGAGCAGUCUGAAGGUCACUGGGGUUGACUUUCUGAAGAGCCAGAACACGCGGCAGCACCACACGGAUGGGUACAACAUCCAGAGCCUGGUGGUGCGGCGCGGGCAGCCCUUCCAGGUGCUGGUCAGCCUCAGCAGGGAGCUCAGGGCUGCUGACAAGCUGACCCUGCGCUUUGGCAUCGGUGAAAGUCCAAUGAAAAACAGGGGGAGCCUGCUGUCGCUGAAACCGGAGCGGGAGGAUUUCAAUGGUUGGAAAAUCUCCGUGGUUGAGAGGAAAGGCAAAGAGUGCCUGCUGUCUGUCACCAGCUCGCCCAAUGCCCCUGUGGGAAAAUACAACCUGCAUGUGAAGACUGGCAGUAACAUUUACAAGCCUGAAAAUGGUGUCAUCUACCUUUUGUUCAAUCCUUGGUGUGAAGAUGAUGUUGUCUACAUGGCCAAUGAUGCAGAGAAGGAGGAAUAUGUGCUCAAUGACACUGGCACCAUCUAUGUUGGGUCUGCGUACAGCAUCUACGACAGGCCCUGGAAUUUCGGGCAGUUUGAGGAAUUUGUCUUGGAUGCCUGCAUGUAUCUGCUGGACAAAAGCAAGCUCAGCCUGGCUCAGAGAAGGGAUCCUGCUCAUGUGUCCAGAGCCAUGUCUGCUUUGGUUAAUGCCAACGAUGACAGCGGAGUCCUGCUGGGGAACUGGUCAGGGAACUACGUCGGUGGAACAUCCCCUAUGGAUUGGAUUGGGAGUGUGACAAUUUUGCAGAAGUACUACAAAACCAAGAAGCCGGUGUGUUAUGGCCAGUGCUGGGUCUUCUCAGGAGUCCUCACCACAGUCAUGCGUUGCCUGGGGGUGCCAUGCCGCUGUGUGAGCACCUUCGACUCUGCCCACGACACGGAGGAGAACCUGAGGGUUGAUGUUUACCUGAACGACAAAGGAGAAAAGCUGAACUCAUUGUCCUUUGACUCUGUCUGGAACUUCCACGUGUGGAAUGAUGCCUGGAUGAAGAGAACAGACAUACCAGAUGGGUUUAGUGGCUGGCAGGCAAUUGAUUCAACCCCUCAGGAGCAAAGUGAAGGUCGUUUCCAGUGCGGGCCCUGCCCGGUGAAGGCUGUGCGGGAAGGAGAUGUGUACCUGCCCUACGACGCCAAGUUCGUGUACGCAGAGGUGAACGCUGACAGGGUCUACUGGGUGGUCAAGAAGGUGAACGGCAAGGAUAAAUACUUCAAGGUUGGCACGGAGACCCAAGCCAUCGGCAAGAACAUCAGCACAAAAGCCGUGGGGCAGAACAGGCGGGUAGACAUCACCCAGGAGUACAAGUACCCCGAAGGCUCCAAAGAGGAAAGGAUGUCCAUGCAAAGAGCUUACAGCUUCCUACGCCCUUCGGGGUUGACGCCUCGUUCAGGCUACGCUUCGACUCUGCAGAGAAUAGGUGCCAACACCGAGCCUUUGGUCCCGAAUGAGCCAGUCACCAAGACUGGGCUCCACCUGGAGAUAACCAAUACAGAACCUUUGCAUCCUGGCAAUCCCCUGGAAAUGGCCAUCACAGUGAAGACCUCUGCUCCUGGGAACUGGACCAUUGACCUUAUUGGCUCCUGCCAGCUGCAGUACUAUACUGGAAACGUUCAGGCCAAUCUUGGAACUCUCAAGGAGACCAUCACUCUUGAAGGCCCAUCUGAGAUGCAGAUCCCCCUGAAAAUAGCACCUGAUGCAUACAUGAAGACAUUGUCCUCCGUGGAAGAUGAAGUGCUCAUCCUUGUCACUGCCAUUGCCGAGGUCCAGGAAACAAAUGACAAACUCACCAAGGAAACUUCAAUGAGAUUCGAGUAUCCCCCAAUCACUGUCCAGAUGCCAGAAACAGCCAGUCUGUACAAUGACUUCAACUGUGCAUUCAUCUUCAAGAACAAGCUGAAUGUGACCCUGGAAAACUGCAAGCUGCUGGUGGAGGGCUUGGGCAUAUUUAAGAUGACAACAUUUGAGCUGGGGGAUAUAAUGCCUGGCAGGAUCAUCAAGUCUGAAAUAGUAUGCACUCCAACAAGACUAGGAGAGAAGAAAAUCGUAGCCAAGCUGAUCUCCAACCAGAUCAAAGGGAUCUCUACAGAGAAGGGCAUCUUCAUCACCGAGUAGGAUCAGUGCCUUGGCAGCGUGCAAAUGUUGGCCUUGCUAAAAUGUUGGCCUUGCUAAAUGUAUCUCAUCACUGGGCACUUCUUGCUUUCUUGAUUGCUGCAUAGUUCUUCUAAAGCAAAGAGCAAAAAUGUCAUAAAGCUACUGGAAUUAAACUGCCUUAAGGGCGCAGUUGCAUUGAUUGCAGUUAAUUGUGAUUCAAUAAAG